AGGGGCCAGGUAUCUUGACCUAACCUAACUAAUUCGCAUGUAACUAGUUGACGCAUUGGUUAGCGGAUAGAAAAACAUUGAAGACUGACGAGUUUGUCAGAGGAGCAAGGAAACAGAUUUGGCGAAUUAAAUUACUAUUGAAACGAUCAAAAGCAUACUUCCCAUUUCUGUUGAACCACGACUUGUGGGACAGAAGAAAAGACAGAAUCAGGGCAAUGUCAGAGGUUGACAAUGAUUCCCAAGAGGUUGAAUCUGAACCAACGAUUGCCUCUUCAUCGGACAAGGCUGUCCUGCUGGAAUAUGUUAGUGAGGCAGAGAAACGUUUUGCAACCAAGGAAGAAAUUCGUCUGGCAAAUCUCAAUGUCACCAGACCUCCUGACUCAUAUUUCAGCAAAUUGGAUUCCAGCCUGAAAAAGAACACAACGUUUGUGAAAAAACUCAAGAACUUUUGCUCACCUCAGGUCGAUACAGUCCUUAAGGAUGCAACCAACUUAAAUUUAACCAAAUACAUAAGCGAGGUAGCAACUGCUUUGGUUGAGGCAAAACUGAAAAUGACAGACGUCGGGCCUGCAAUAAAAGUAUGUUGCUACCUGAACCAAAACUAUGCCGAGUUUGCAUCUCAUCUAUUUGAAAACUGGCAAAGGAUACUAAGCCUCAAGGUAACCGACAAGAUCCCAAAUCCAAGUAAGCUCAGAGUAGAUUUGAGGUUUUAUGCAGAGCUGGUAAAUGCGGGAAUAUUCACCCACAAACAGGGGUUGCCACUUCUUGGCAGCGUGCUCACAGUUCUCAUAAAUAUGGAUAAAGAAGAGCACAACAAUGUGACGAUAAUACUGAGCUUUUGUCGCCACUGUGGCGAGGACUAUGCAGGUCUGUUGCCCAGAAGGAUAAGAGAGUUAUCAGACAUGUGGCCCGAUGUGACCUUGCCAAGAAGCAGGUUGCUCUCCGCAGAUAAGCAGCAAAAUGUCAGAACACUAUUACGAGACUACUAUAACUCGCUAUGUAAGCAUCUGCUCAAGGAGCACAAGGAGCUGCAGGCCUUUGAGAAACAAAAUCGAAAGAUACUGCAGACACGAGGUGAGCUUAGUUCUGAAAGGAGAGAGAAAUUAGAAGCUCUACAGGUAUCUUACGACCGAUUGUUGAGUGGGGUUCAAAAUUUUGCCGAAACGUUAGAUGAACCUAUGCCAGAACUGCCUAUUGACACAGAAGUAAAAACAGAGACAGAGGAAUCUUUGAAAAUGACGAGUGAAGGAGAAGAAAAUGGUGUGACUACUGAAGAUAUGUGGGGGGAUGAAGAGACUAAAAGAUUUUAUCAGGUUUUUCCUGAUCUCACCGUUUUUCUUCCUGGCUCAUAUCCCAAAGAGGCUCCGACCCCAAAACCAGAGGAAGACCAACUGACAGAGGAAGCUCUUGAUGAAGAAUUAGUUUUGGAGGAAUUGGAAGAGACAGAAAACAAAGUUGUGGAUGAGCCAGAGGUUGAAGUUGAGGAGACUCAUGUCUCAAAUAUAAGUAAUAAAAUUUUACUGGAUGCAUAUCUUACGUACCUGCCCAACUGUGUAAACAGGGAAAUGAUUGACAACGCAGCUGUCGAGUUUUUAAUGAAUCUCAACACCAAGCACAACAGGAAGAAACUGAUAAAAGCAUUGUUUGGCGUCUCCAGGAUCCGUCUGGACCUCUUGCCCUUUUAUUCCCGUUUGGUCGGCAUUCUCUUCCCCGUUAUGCCUGAUGUCGCAAACGACCUGUGCAUGAUGCUAAAACAGGACUUUAAAUAUCACGUUCGUAAAAAGGAUCAGAUAAACAUUGAGUCAAAGAUAAAAGUAGUACGUUACAUCGGUGAGCUUGUUAAGUUCAAACUCUACUCCAAGAUUGAGGCACUUUAUUGCCUAAAAGUCUUGCUGCACGAUUUCACUCACCACCACGUUGAGAUGGCUUGCAAUCUGCUUGAGACAUGUGGCAGAUUUUUGUUCUGUUCACCCGACUCUCAUCAACGGACUAAAGUAUACCUUGAGCAGAUGAUGCGGAAAAAAGCCGUGACCGCCCUUGACUCACGUUAUGUGACCAUAAUCGAGAAUGCAUACUACUUUGUCAAUCCCCCAGAGUCAACUGGAGGCAUAGCCAAAAAAGAACGACCCCCGAUGCAUGAGUUUAUAAGGAAGCUACUCUACCAGGAUCUCUCUAAAGCCAAUACGGACAAAGUUCUUAGGCUAAUGCGCAAGUUAGAUUGGGACAAUGACGAAAUUAUGACAUAUGCGGUGAAGUGUCUUGUAGCCGCGCAUAAUGUAAAAUAUCUGAAUAUCAGGUGUGUAGGAAGUUUACUUGCUGGGCUUGUAGCCCAUUACGAGGCGGUGGGCCCACACGUCGUAGAUGGCGUUCUAGAGGACAUUAGGCUUUGCAUGGAAAUAAAUCUGCCCAAAUACAACCAGCGGAGGAUAGCAAUGGUAAAAUACCUAGGGGAGCUGUAUAACUAUCGGCUCGUUGAAAGUGGCGAUAUAUUUCGUACGCUGUACCUCCUCAUAACGUUUGGAGUAGCCACAGACCACACAGCCCCACCAACUAUCCUCGAUCCCCCAGAUCAUUUAUUCAGGAUAAGGCUGGUUUGCACUCUUCUUGAGACCUGUGGGCAGUACUUUAGCGGAGGUUCCAGCAAAAAGAAAUUGGAGUAUUUCCUAAUUUUCUUCCAACAUUAUUACUGGUUUAAGCGCAGUGAUCCCAUCUGGACCGCUCCAGAAAAUCCAUUCCCCAUUGGAAUCGAUUACAUGUACUGUGAUACGUUGACAAUGCUUAGACCAAAGAUGCAGCUCUUCCAAAGCUUCAAAGAGGCUCGUUGCGCUGUAGAUGAACUGAGGAACACUCUUUACCCUAGCUUAGCAGGUGGAACACCUACUGAAGAUUACGCCAGUGAACAGGGAAAAGCUGGCCAAAAACCUGGUUCCGAAGAUUCAUGGUCCAUUGCAGAGCAGCCUGAGGAAGAAAGCGAAUCAGGGAUGGGAGUGAUUCCUGAGGUUGACGAGGAUUUGCCAACAGGAGCACCGGUAGUCCCAUUAGUUCCAAUUGCCCAGGGCAACGGAAGCGGGGAUGCCAAGUCGAUGGGAGAAUUGCACUUCGAUGAAAGCGAGGAAUACUCGGAAGCACAAUCUGAAGAUGAGUGGGGUACAGAGGGAUACAGAGAAGGUGGAAAUCCAGGUACCCAGGAAAAUACUCAGGGUGAGUUAAGCCUAUCUGCAGGGGUGGCAGAAGGCGUUGUGAUGGAUUCUGCUGAUAUGGAUGCAGCCUUGUCACUGGCACCCAGAAGAGUAGCUUGUCCUGAGGAUGACGACUUCUUGUCGGCACUCGAUAAAAUGGUCUCUGAUAAUAUUCAAGACAGAAUGAGAGACUCAGUGAAACCUCAGCAGGUUGAUAUAUCCGUACCUCUCCACGUAAAAAGCACCAAAAAAACUUACGAGCAGCUUUGUGAGGGUCCCUCGGACAGCACAACCGUUGAUUUCGUUCUUAUGCUGCGGAAAGGCAAUAAACAACAAUACAAAAGUCUCGCCGUUCCGGUUUCUUCAGAAUUAGCUAUGAAUCUGAGAAACCGAGAACAGGAGCAGAAAGAGGAAAAAGAAAGAGUCAAGAGAUUGACGUUGAAUAUCACAGAACGCCAGGAGGAAGAGGAUUAUCAGGAGACGAUCAAUCAGGGAACUAGACCUGUCACUGUCAAUCUCAACAGGGAGCGCCGACAGAAGUAUAACCAUCCAAAAGGCGCGCCUGAUGCCGAUCUUAUAUUUGGACCAAAGAAGAUCCGGUGAUGGAAAAGUCGGAGUUCAAUGCAGAUUAAAUUUUGCACAAACGAUACGUGCUUCCUGUGCUCCUGUGCACAGAUGCGUGUGAAUAAGUUGGAACGGAAAACGGGGAUACGUAAUCGAGUUCUCAUUGUUUCUGCAACGAAAGAAAUUGAAGGGGUAUGGACAGUCAACUACAUUGGCUACCCCGAUUACGUUCGUUGGGUAAAUUUGUAGUUUGCACUUCUAGGUCUCAAAAUCUAGAUCAGCAGCAGAGAAAAGCCGGACAAUACGGAGAAGGAUUAAAUAAACGAAUAAGCAUUCAAACAUUUGAAAUCUUGAGAAAAUUCGCUGAUAUCCUUGAUCGAGUCAAUUUUUAAAAUUAAUCCAUAUAAAUAAAUCUUCAACAAUUAUACCGUA